AUGCAGGCCAACGGCUCGAUCCUCACCAACAAGUACUCUGAGGGUCUCCCCGGUGCCCGUUACUACGGUGGUAACGAGUACAUUGACCAGCUCGAGAACCUCACCCGCGAGCGUGCCCUCAAGGCCUUCAAUCUUGACCCCGCCAAGUGGGGCGUCAACGUCCAGCCCUACUCUGGUUCGACUGCCAACUUUGCUGCUUUCACUGCCCUCAUCAACCCCCAGGACCGUGUCAUGGGUCUCGGUCUCCCCGACGGUGGCCACCUUACCCACGGUUACUACACCGCCAAGAAGAAGAUCACCGCCUCGUCGAUCUACUUCCAGUCGUUCCCUUACCGUGUCGACCCCCAGACCGGCUACGUUGACUACGAGCAGCUCUCGACCAACGCCAACAUCUUCAAGCCCCGUCUCGUCGUCUGCGGUGGCUCCGCUUACCCCCGUGACUGGGACUACAAGAAGAUCCGCGAGAUCGCCGACAAGCAGGGUGCCUACCUGAUGUCCGACAUGGCCCACAUUUCGGGUCUCGUUGCUGCCGCCGAGCAGAACUCGCCCUUCGACUACUGUGACGUCGUCACCACCACCACCCACAAGACCCUCCGUGGCCCCCGUGCUGGUCUCAUCUUCUUCCGCAAGGACAAGGAGCCCGACAUGGAGUCGCGUGUCAACGCCGCCGUUUUCCCCGCCUGCCAGGGUGGCCCCCACAACAACACCAUCGGUGGUAUCGCCGUCGCCCUCAAGCAGGCUGCCGACCCCGCGUUCAAGGAGUACGCUAUCCAGGUCCGCAAGAACGCCGCGGCUAUGGCCGAGGUCCUCUUCAAGCACGGUUACCGCCUCCAGACCGACGGAACCGAGAACCACCUCAUCCUCUGGGACCUCCGCCCCAUCGGCCUCACCGGCAGCAAGAUCGAGAAGAUCUGCGACGAGGUCCACGUGACGCUGAACAAGAACGCUGUGGCAGGGGACACGAGCGCGCUCGUUCCGGGAGGUGUUCGUAUCGGUUCGUCGGCUCUGACGUCGCGUUCGAUGAAGGAGAAGGAUGUUGAGCAGGUUGCCGAGUUCCUCCACCGUGUCGUCCAGAUUUCCCUGAAGGCGCAGGAGAAGGCCGGCUCCAAGAAGCUCGCCGACUUCGAGAAGGCGUACAAGAACGACGCCGAGGUCGCUGGCGAGGUCAAGCAGCUCAAGGAGGACGUCAAGAACUUCUGCACUUCGUUCCCCCUCCCCGGUGUCCCUGACACCACCACCAUCAAGCGCUUCGACUAA